UCCUGUGCUGAGCUCAUAGGUGGGAGAACUAUACAUGUACACAAUGCAUAACCGCAGAGCUUCACAGUUUAGUAGCCUGUAGGAAAUAGUCCUCCUCACAUGAUUCAACAUUAGGGUGAUAUGCUAGAGCAGGUCAUGUGGAUCAAUACAUAAGUAAAACCAUGAAGACCAGCUGGUAUUUGAUUUGGAUAUUCAUUCUCACACUGAUGAUCAGCACUGCCCGUCAGGAGGUGCUGUACAUAAAGGGCUCAGAGGGGCAGUCAGUGGAUCUCUCCUGUACACCUGAGCAGACAGGUGGAGCCCCUGUCAGUCUCUACCUGACCCACAGGUGUGUCCGGCCUGAGAGGGAGGUGCUGUUCAUGGCCAAGGACCGGAGUCCCGGGACGGUGAGGGUUAACCGGCUGUACAAAGAUCGCCUGAAGGUCACAGGCGGAUUGAACUCUGACCUGCUCAACGUGACCAUAGCCCAUCUACAGCGCACAGACACAGGCCUGUACAUCUGUGAGUUUGUCUACACAGCUGACCCCUCUGACCGAACAGUCUCCGGCAGUCUGGAAUACUUCCUGUUUGUUGAAGGGACAGAGAGUGUGUGUCAGUGCUCCAGCUACCCCCCACUGAUCUACACCAUCUCUGCAGCAGCUGGCCUGCUUCUCCUCGUCCUCAUCUGCCUGUGUGCAGUAGAGUGUGCUAAGCUGAGAAAACGUCAUAAAACACAAGCCCCCAUCCCCAUCUAUGAGGAAAUGAACAGUGGGUGUCGAGGAGCUGGAAGUGCCCAAAAUAACCAUCCUGUGCCUACACACCUGGAGGAAACAGAGUCCCCUGUGUACAGCAACCCCCAGGCCAGACAAGCACAGGAGAACCACUACGCCAGCCCCCGACAGAUCACUCUGAAGCCCUGAGCGAACCACAGAGGGUGGUGUCAUGCCCCCAUAAUGUUUUUUAAAGGGGGAGUGGAUGGCAGAAAUAACAGUACCAGAGUUCCAGAUAUACAUGUUCUAACCCACUCUGACAGGUGGUGGGAAAGAGUUUGACUGUCAUCAUUGCUUUUUCAAGUCUGUGCAAGAUCGUAAACUAUUGGUCCCACCUCACCUCUCUUUUCUACAGGAGUCGCCCAACAAACCCACCUACAGGAUGAGAAUGGAAAAGACUGAGAGCUAGUACAUAGGUCACUGUGCCUGUAUAGGUGUACUAGUGGUGAUGCCCUCAGAACAGGAUCUAAUAGGGAAAACUCCAAUCUGCAAACUAAUUGACGAACACCAACAUCAAGAACUGACCACAACACCCUUUAACAGACCAGAAAAAAACUGCAAUUUUAUUAAUAGAUGAAAGAAGCUCCAUAGUUCAUGAAAACAUUGUUUUCGGUGCAUGUCAUUUAACAAUCACAUUCUAUGAGGAGAAAGAGAUACAUUGAGAAAAUAAAUCAUUACAAGCCAACUGACUCUUCUUUAAAUCUCAGUACAGACAUUUUUCCUUAAUAUUUCAAAGACAAAAAAGGCAAAAAGCAGCCCUAACCCCAAAUCCCCGUCCCACCCAUCAUCCCAACAAAAACACAAUAACUGAAUGAAACGACAGAACAUACAGAUGGGGUGACGGGCACAGUGCUAAAGAGUAAGACGCUCAUUGGUUUAGGAAUACACAGUAUAGCCAUGUAGCGCGAUGUCAAUCUGAAUACAUAGCAUAGCCAUGUAGCGCGAUGUCAAUCUGAAUACACAGUAUAGCCAUGUAGCGCGAUGUCAAUCUGAAUACACAGUAUAGCCAUGUAGCGUGAUGUCAAUCUGAAUACACAGCAUAGCCAUGUAGCGCGAUGUCAAUCUGAAUACACAGCAUAGCCAUGUAGCGUGAUGUCAAUCUGAAUACACAGCAUAGCCAUGUAGCGCGAUGUCAAUCUGAAUACACAGUAUAGCCAUGUAGCGCGAUGUCAAUCUGAAUACACAGUAUAGCCAUGUAGCGUGAUGUCAAUCUGAAUACACAGCAUAGCCAUGUAGCGCGAUGUCAAUCUGAAUACACAGCAUAGCCAUGUAGCGUGAUGUCAAUCUGAAUACACAGCAUAGCCAUGUAGCGCGAUGUCAAUCUGAAUACACAGUAUAGCCAUGUAGCGUUAUGUCAAUCUGAAUACACAGUAUAGCCAUGUAGCGUGAUGUCAAUCUGAAUACACAGUAUAGCCAUGUAGCGCGAUGUCAAUCUGAAUACACAGCAUAGCCAUGUAGCGUGAUGUCAAUCUGAAUUAAAGAAGCCAGAUGUUGGGUUCUUAGGGUGGGGGGGUAGGCCUACCCAAUCAAAUAAAAACAGUGGAUCCCAAAACCCCUGCAUAAAAUGCACCUUGUACCCAUCAAAGCCCCCCCCCCCAACGUGUGCAUAGAUCAUGAUCCUUUACAACCAGCUCGUUUUAAAAACAUUUCCCUGUUCCUUAAUACCCGACAUAAGAGAGAAUGACAGAGGAAAGAGAGUAAUGCACAAUGGUCCUUAUUCAGUCAGGACAGGACUUCUAAGAAAAUACAAUAAAGAUUCAAAACAUACAGAAUUUGCAUGUUCUUUCACGGUCAUUUUUUUGUAACAAUCAAAAUCAAAUGAUAAUUUUGUUUUUAAAUGUAAAGUAAUUUUAAUAAAAAUGUAUAUAAAGCACUCCAUUUUUUGUAAGUUCAUUUAAAGCCCAUUAUUUGGUUAAUAUGUACAGUGCCUUCAUAAAGUAUUCACACCCUUGACUUUUUCCACAUUUUGUUGUUACUUAGUGGGAUUUUUUUUGGCAAUGACAAACACAAUUCUCUCAUUUCAAAGUGUAAGAAAAAAUUGAAUAUUUGUGCAAAAUUCAUGAAAAAUAAAACACAAAUAUAUCUUGAUUAGAUAAGUAUUCAACCCCCUGAGACAAUACAUGCUAGAAUCACAUUUGAGUCUGAGUAAGUCUCUUUCCACACCUGGAUUGUGCAACAUUUGUCCAUGAUUCUUUUUAGAAUCCUUCAAGCUGUCAAAUUGUUUGUUGAUCAAUGUUAGACAACCAUUUUUAGGUCUUGCCAUUCAAGCAGAUUUAAGUCAAAACUAACUUGGCCACUCUGGAACAUUCACGGUAUGCAACCCCAGCGUAGAUUUGGCCUCGUGUUUUAGGUUAUUGUCUUGCUGAAAGGUGAAUUCCUCUCCCAGUGUCUAGUCUAGUGGAAAGCAGACUGAACAAGGUUUUCCUAUAGGAUUUUAACAAUUACAAGCAUACCCAUAACAAGAUGCAGCCAUCACUGCUUGAAAAUAUGGAGGGUGGUACUCUCAAACAUAACACUUUGUAUUCAGGACAAAAAGUUUAUUGCUUUGCCACAUUUUUUGAAGUAUUACUUUAGUGCCUUGUGGCAAACAGGAUACAUGUUUCAGAAUAUUUUUAUUCUAUACAGGCUUCCUUCUUUUCAUCCUGUCAAUGAGGUUAGUAUUGUGAAGUAACUUCAAUGUUAGUGAUCCAUCCUCAGUUUUCUCCUGUCAUAGCCACUAUACUCUGUAACUGUUUUAAUGUCUCCAUUGUCCUCAUGGUGAAAUCCCUGAGCAGUUUCCUUCCUCUCCGGCAACGCAGUUAGGAAGGACGCCUGUAUCUCUGUAGUGACUGGGUGCAUUGAGAAACCAUCCAAAGUGUAAUUAAUAACCACCAUGCUCAAAGGGAUAUUCUAUGCCUGUUUUUUUGUGUUUUUUUACCCAUCUACCAAUAGGUGGCCUUCUUUGCAAGGAAUUGGAAAACCUCCCUGGUCUUUAUGGUUGAAUCUGUUUGAAAUUCACUGCUGACUAAAGAUAAUUGUAUGUAUGGGGUACAAAGGUCGUCAUUCAAAAGUCAUGUUAAACACUAUUACUGCACACAGAGUCCAUGCAACUUGUGUGACUUAAGCACAUUUUUACUCCUGAAUGUAUUUAGGCUUUCCAUAACAAAGGGGUUGAAUACUUAUUGAAUUUAGAAAUGUAGAAGGAUAACUUUGACGUUAUGGGGUAUUGUGUGUAGGCCAGUGACCAAAAAAAUCUACAUUUAAUCCAUUUUUAAUUCAGGCUAAUAACAACAUUUGGUAAAAGUCAAGGGGUGUGAAUACUUUCUGAAGGCACUGUAAACUGCUACGGAUUUAAAAACAAAGGAUAUUUUCUCUCUUUCUGAAAUUCAUAAGUUUUUCAGUGCUUCAUUUUUUAAAAUCUUUUUUUUUUCUUCGUACAUUAAAAUGGAGUGGAGUUGGAACUCUGGAACCCUGGCCUUCCUGAGACAAGAUCCACUUUAUGUGUGCAAGAUAGUGAGCAAUUAUGUUUUUUUGUUUGUUUUUUUUACAAAGGAAAAAUGUAAUAAAAAUGCACAGGCUUUAGAUAGUCCAUGAAAUCAACAUAGAACAAAGAUGUCAAAGGUCAAAUAUAACAUGACAACACUGUUGGAUCCCAGAGUUCUGAAAGUAGCACAAUAUUAAAAUCUUCAUUCUGUAAAGUGUUUUUGUUAUUCUUUUUAAAAAUGGAAGUAUUUGUCCUUUUCUUCUGUUUUUCCAACAUUUUCAUACAGUUAAUUCAUUUUCCUCGAACUUCAGACAAACCAAAAUGGUUGUAAACCGUCAGUGGCCUUGCAGAAAACAAGCAGACAUAACGCAUGAGAUUUUAACAAAAAUGAAACUGAACAAAAGCUAACAAACCAAAAAGGUAGGCACCUCUGAAGUGAGCCUUGUAAUCAACCCUCCUUCUGAUGUCCUUCGGUUUGUCCCUGAAUAGACAGGGAGAGCUACAAGUCUCUCUACCCAGACUCUAUGGCCACAGGUCUUCAAAAAGACUUUUUUUGAAACUUUUUUCAAUAUUAGUUUUUUUUUGUUGCUUUUGUAUACUUUUUACGUUUAUAAUCUGAAACAAAUGGUGCAAUACUUAUACUUAAUAAUCCAUCUUUUUUCUUGGAUUAUUCCACAAUGAAAGCCACUACAAGGUAUAUAAACAUAUUACAGAUUAAAAACACUUAUUUUCUUAAGUCCUUGAGUAAACAUUUACACGUGAAGUCGCCGUCUGCCCCCAGUAUUGUUCGAUUAGCUUGAGGGGAGGCUGACACUCAGUGCAACGCUAGAGUCUAAUAACAAUAAACCUCACAAUACACUUUGAUAAGACAAAAAUAAAACACAAAACUAAUAUACCGAAAGGAAAUAAAAUGAAAAAGCGGAGAUAAUUCCCACUGUAAAUCACAGGCUCACCAUCGUUUGAAACCUCAUACACACAGUCUGUCAAACAGACACAUCCAUCCACCCACCCAUCAACCAUACAGUACAGGCAACCUUGUGCAAACACUCAGAUACAACAGAUGUCAUUUAGCAUUUUUUUUAUACUAAUCUUUGUUUUUAACAAUCCUCAUUUUUCUAAUUUAGUUCACUCAGAACAGAUAUUCUCAAAUAUCCAGGAAGUGUAUGAAUGAGACAAAAUUAUUACAAAGUGUUCACAUUACAAUAUUGGCGCUUCUUUUUGAUUCAAGUAUUUGUAUUCUUUAUUUUUGUAUUACUCUGAUAUGUUAAUAUUAUAUUUAUCUUCUGGGAAAUAUACAGAGAAGGAGAAUACAUAGGGGUAAGGUUGGACCUGGGGCAGAGAGCGGGUUUAGGGUAAAGUGGAAAGAGAAACCUAGCUGUAUACAUAUGCACACUUGGAUGUAUACAUGUAUAUAAACUAGCAUGUGCAUAUUCAACCCAGGCCCUUGACAAAGAUUUGUUUUCUUGUUUUCCUCUUGAAAUGGGGUCCCUACCCCAGAACCUACUCUGGUCCAUGAUUGAGAAGCAUACUUUGCUUAAACUCCAGUUGCCUUUGAGUGAUUUAAAAAGGGAGAUUCUCUUGACUUCCUACACCAGUCAUCCAUGGUGUAUAUUGAUGGGUCAAUAAGGUGGGGUGGGGGUGGGUAGAGUGACAGGUGGGCUCUCAGUGCUCGUGGACGCCUCUGAGACUUGACCCCCCCAAUCCCUUUUUUGUGACCCUAUUCCAGUCUGUAGCCUCGGGAGCCCAGCGUGGAGCAAAACAAUUCAGGUUUUUCAGAAACAGGCAAGUAGUGAUUGUUGCUAAUGUCACACGACAAUGACGAGUACGAAAAACAACUCUUGGAAGAGGGCCUUUCCCCUUUUAAGACUUGGUACCGAACAACAAAACUGUGAGGUGUGUCCUGGCCCUGCUGAUACGGUGGGCCCCACCUGGACCCUAACCCAAAAAUCCAGAUCUGGGGCAAUGUUCUGUGGGUGGUGCACUCGAGGCUGGAGGUCAGAAACGAACAGCAUCAACACAGUGUUCCAGAAGAAAGCCCCAGUCAGAGGGCCACAGUUGGG